AUGUUACUCAAAGUGUCAGUCAUUUCAGUCAUGAGGACGGUUUCAGCCUGGAUUCUUAUGUUGUCUGUCUGUGAAAUAUACGCUGCAGAAACUGUGGAUAUUUACCAGAAACAGUCGUAUGUCUCUGCUAAGCCUGGUGAAGCCGUUACCCUUCAGUGCACACUGGCUGACCAUCAGAGUACUGAAGAUGUGUUUUGGUACAAACAGCCAGUGGGACAAAUGCCUCAGGAGGUGGACAUCAAGGGGGCAUUUAUGGAAGCAGUAUUUUCAUCACAUUUCAAAAACUCAAGCUUCAAACUGGAGAGAGUGGAGAACAGCGUUAGUCUGACUAUACCACACCCCACAAAAGACGACGAAGCGAUGUACUACUGUGGGAUAUCUGUGAUGAAGAUGAUCAAGUUUUCCACUGGAACAUUCUUAGCUAUUACAGCUCAGUCUGUGCCUCACCAUUCAGCUCUACUUGUGAUGGGACUGGCUCUGGGUUUGUUUGCUGUCUGGAACGUCACACUGUGCUGCUUCUGUAUGACGUGGAAAAUCUGUAAACACUGCCGAGGCAGUAAAUCUCACCCUGACACACACGAUCUCUCAAGACCAGGCGAGCUACAAGAGCAGGAACGUGAUGCUAUGGAACUGUAUUACUUCACCUUCUCUGAGACAGAUACUAAAAGAGGGGAGAAGAAGAGAAGAUGGCCUCAGGACGAUGUGUGCUCUGAAGUGAUUUAUUCCAGUCAGACAUACAUUCAGAUCAGACUCUGAUUCCUGUUCUGUUUACUGAACUGGGUGUCUAAGACUUUUGAUGUGAUCAGAUGGGUUUAAUGUUCUUGGGGCAGUUGUGGGCUGGAGGUUAGGGAACUGGCCCUGGGACCGGAAGGUUGCUGGUU